AUGUCGGAACAAUUCCCCAUCCAGCCUAUUGGGCGUUUCUAUGCCGCAAGCCAGCCGGUCAAACGACCAAAGGAGUUUGCUUGCUUCUCAUAUGACAACAACCAUGAGUUCCAUCUAGGCGACUCUUCAUUGAGAUACUACUACCCACCUACCCUCGGCGCCGACUUAUCCAAAGGCUAUGAUACCUUUAUCAAGCACGACGACUCUCAGCCCGAGCACCUAACAGCUCUUCUCAAGACGAUCAAGGCUCACGAGGAGGAGACGGGUCAAAAGAUUGACGCCCAAAUCAUCAUGGCCUCGCCCUUUGAGGAUCGUGAUGGCUUUGAAAUGAACGCAACGCUGUACCAACAACGUCGUGACGAUUCUAUCCCUUCCGGCCAGACUGACAAUUGGAAUAGUUACAUUGAAGAGAAUCACGAGUACAAAGUGGCGUCUCAGAAGCAGCAAAACGCACAGCAGAGACGGGGACCGAUCCCGCCCGAAGUGAUGCAGUUCUGGGGAUACAAGUUCGAGACGUUGGCCACGCUCCCCAACACCUGGGGCGAAACACCCAGAGAAUACAUCGAGAACAGAGACGUCGAGGUGGUGAACAACAAGGCCCAAUACUGCUCCGUAGUCAGGACUGGUAUAGGACAAACCGUAAUCUGCAUAGGCGGCGAAGUCGACGCCGUCUGGGACUCGAAGCCCCAAAAGCAGGGCGCCCCCACAAACUGGGUCGAGCUCAAGACCAGCCUCGCCAUCCGCGACGACCGCGACGUCGACAACUUCCACCGCAAGCUCAUGAAGUUCUGGAUCCAGUCCUUCCUCCUUGGCGUCCCCAAAAUAAUCGUCGGCUUCCGCAACCGCCACGGCAUCCUCACCGACGUCGAGGAGAUUGAGACUGAAAAGAUACCCGAUACCGUCCUGCGCCGCGGGAAAGCGACGUGGAAUGGCGACAUGUGCGUCAACUUCGCCGCCGAGUUUCUCGUUUGGCUUCGGCAGACGAUCAACGAUGACGGCGUGUGGAGGAUACGCAGGCGGGCGGGCGAGCCCACCAUUGAAGUCUUCAAAGUCGACGAGGCCGGGCACGGGGAGCUCUUGACGGACGACUUCAUCAACUGGAGAAUAAAGCUCUCCAUGAAGAAUGUCCCAUUGGCGGAGGAGCCAUAG